AUGCAGGGCCGCAAAGUCAAGCAUCUACUUAGCAUACAAAGGCCUUUUCUCCUGAAUGUCACCAAGGCCUUCCGAACAUCCCCUACAAAUGCGUUAUGCGUACUAGCGGGAUUGCUACCGCUCCAUCUGAGCGUAGAAAAGGAAGCAGCCUAUCAGGAGAUCACUCAACUUGGCAAUCUAACCACCUUCAGAGACGAGCUAUACUCACCAGCCGAAUUUGAACAAAAGAUGAUACGCCUUGCCGAUCACCCCUCAACGCAGGGACAGGGAGUAAAGAUUAGCAUCAAGCAAAACACCAAUGUAAAGGAAGAUGAUCUAGUCUAUUAUACCGACGGGUCAAAACUAGAUGAAAAUACAGGUUGCGCCUAUGUUGCCCUCAGACAGCAAAGCACAAUAGCACAAUGGAAAGGUCACCUGGACACAAACAACAGCGUGUUCCAGAGUGAAGUAAUGGCCAUCAAACAAGCUCUACUUACGAUAAUCCAACAGCGGCAAAGAGACAGCUUCAUUAUAACAGACAGCCUCUCCUCCCUGUAUGCAAUUGUGAACCCUGUGCACAGCUCCCCACUGAUUGCAGAGAUUCAGACACAUCUGCGCGACCACAGCCAUCUUAACACCAGGAUAGAAUGGACCAAGGCCCACGUUGGCAACAGGGGGAACGAGCAAGCAGAUCAACUUGCAAAGGAGGCUGCAAGAAACAUCAAUGCGGAACAUAUCACCAUCCCUUGGCCAGUUUCAUAUUUAAAGAAAAGUCUGAAACACAAGGCAAAAUCCGUUUGGCAGGAGGAAUGGGAUACUGGUGAGACAGGACGCCGUGCUCACUAUCACGUCCCUACGGUAGACUCAGACCGUCUCAUAGUGCAUGCACAAAUGGUCCGAUACAUUACCGGACACGGUCCUUUCCCGUGUACUAUGAAAAACACGGGAUCGCACAAAAUGCACAUUGUAUAUGUGGUGAGAUGGGCACCCCAGAUCAUUAUGUUACCCAAUGCCCGCUUACAGCAGAUCUGCACCUGCCAAUUCCAACUACAAACACGCAGGCUUUCUGCAGAUUUAUGGUUAAAGACAAACGUACUGUCCGAAAAAUCAACAAGAUAG